AAUAGCAGCAGGAAAAGGUGUUGGCAAUUCGUUAAAAGAUAAAAACAUUGCUUCCAAGAUCGAUCACACAAUGCUCAAGCCUGAUGCAACCCCUAGUGAAAUAGAAGAACUUUGUGAAGAAGCAAUGAAGUAUCACUUUGCAUCGGUUUGUAUUAAUCCGGGUUACGUCUCUCUGUGUUCUUCACUAUUAAAAGGAACAGAGGUAAGAGUAUGUACAGUAGUCGGAUUCCCACUUGGUGCAAAUACGUCCGAAGUAAAGAAAUUUGAAACCGAGCAAGCUAUUCAAAACGGAGCUACAGAAAUCGAUAUGGUAAUAAAUGUAGGUAGACUAAAAGCUGGCGAUUAUGAAUACGUUGAGAAUGAUGUCACUCAGGUUGUGCAGUUAGCAAAAAGUAAUAAUGCAUUAGUGAAAGUAAUCAUUGAAGCAGCACUUUUAACUGACGAAGAAAAAGUUAAAGCCUGUCUGAUUUGUAAAAAAGUCGGUGCUGAUUUUGUAAAAACCUCAACAGGGUUCAGCAAAGGCGGCGCAACUGUUGGUGAUGUCGCUUUAAUGAAAUAUGUGGUUGGCAGCUCAAUCGGAGUUAAAGCUGCUGGAGGCAUCAGAUCAAAAGAAGAAGCUGAAGCAAUGAUCGCUUCGGGUGCGGAUAGAAUUGGUGCCAGUGCUAUGUCUGAUUCAUAUUUCAGAACUGAAAAACGAAUUGAAAAAAUCAAAUGGGUAGUUUCAAAAAGACAACCUUCUCUUCAUGUUGUAUUUGAAAACAUCCACGACCCACAUAACGUAAGUGCUAUUUUCCGUACCUGUGAUGCGGCUGGAGUACCUAAAGUAUCUUUAGUUUAUAAUGUUGAAAAAUUUCCAAAGAUAGGAAAGAAAUCUUCUGCAUCUGCAUACAAAUGGAUUGAAAGAGAUAAGUAUAAAUCAGUCGAUGAGUGUUACAAUCAACUUAAAAAAGAAAAAUUUAUCAUUUAUGCAUCGUCACUCAAUGCAGAUUCAAAAAGUCUUUACGAACUUGAUUUCACAAAAAGGACAGCGAUUGUUUUUGGAAACGAACAUAGAGGAUUAUCAAAAGAAGCUGAAGAGCUUGCAGAUGAAAGAUUUUAUAUUCCAAUGUUUGGAAUGGUGCAAAGCCUGAAUGUAUCAGUAUCUGCAGCGAUUACAAUUUAUGAAGCACUCAGGCAGAGAAGUCUGAAGGGACAAUAUAAUAAAAGUGAAAUGACCUCAAAAGAAUUAAAAAAACUCAUUGAUGAAUGGGCUAAAAAG